AUGCGGUUGGAUGUAUAUUACCUGUUCCUUGAAAAGACAGGGAUUACAAAAGAUAGAACUCUGCUUGAUACUUCGUGCAUCAAAAAGCCUACUGUCCAAGAUUACCUUGACUUCGUUGGAAACCACAAUAAGACGUAUGCUGCAAACUCUGGGGUGGUGUUGGGACCCGCGGCAAACGGCUUUCUUUCCUCCCAGGGGCACUUUGUCGAUAUCGAUGUCGCAUCUCUAGCGACAAAGAUGUCAACUCUUCAAGUGCCAGUUUAG